AUGUUCAACUUUGGAGACUCAAACUCAGACACCGGGGGCCUGUCUGCUGCUUUUGGACAAGCCCCUUACCCAAAUGGAGAGACUUAUUUCCACACCCCAUCCGGACGCUACUCUGAUGGGCGUCUUCUAAUUGACUUCAUAGUGGAAAGCUUGAGAUUGCCUCAUCUGAGUGCUUUUCUGGACUCGGUGGGCUCGAACUUCAGCCAUGGAGCCAAUUUUGCCACAGCUGGAUCAACCAUAAGGCCCCCCAAACACAACCAUAUCACAAAGUGGGGUCAGCCCCAUUUCUUUAGAUGUGCAGCUUGUUCAAUUCUUGGACUUCCGAACAAGAUCCCAAAUAUAUCAAAAAAAAAGUUGGGAUUGUUUCAAAAUUGGCAAAUAGGUGAAGUAUUUGGUAAAUUGUUGCCCAAGAAAGAUUAUUUUUCUCAAGCCCUUUAUACCUUUGACAUUGGCCAAAAUGAUCUCACUGCUGGCUACAAACUCAACCUCACCACAGAACAAGUCAAGGCUUAUGUUCCAGAUGUACUGAGCCAGCUCUCUCAUACCAUUAAGAUUGUAUACGAACAAGGAGGAAGAUCAUUUUGGAUACAUAACACAGGCCCACUGGGCUGCCUCCCUUAUGUUCUGGACCGCUUCCUCAUCAACCCGGCCCAAAUAGAUAAAUAUGGGUGUGCAGAUCAGUUCAAUGAGGUGGCCCAAUAUUUCAACCAAAGACUAAAGGAGGCUUUGCUUCACCUUAAGAAAGAUCUUCCAUUGGCUGCAAUCACCUAUGUUGAUGUCUACUCAGUAAAGCGCACCCUUAUCACCCAAACCAAAAAAUAUGGGUUUGAGAAUCCCCUUAUAGCAUGUUGCGGUCAUGGUGGGAAAUAUAAUUACAACAGGUACGCGAAAUGUGGGACCAAGAAGACCAUCAACGGCAACGAGACGGUCAUUGCGAAAUCAUGCAAUGAUCCGACGGUUCGGAUCAACUGGGACGGGGUCCACUACACUGAGGCCGCGAACAAGUGGAUAUUCCAACAAAUUGUGAAUGGGUCCUUUUCGGACCCGCCAAACCCUUUGAAAAUGGCCUGUCGUAGAAGUAGAAUGGACCACUGA